UCUGCUGCAUGUUUCCCCGUUGACAGCCUCGGACUAGCGUGGCUCUGCGGAAAGUUUAGAUCCCGCUUAUUAUCAGCGCUCCAGCCGGUAUUCUAUUCCUGGCAUAAUGGGCGGAUCUGUUUCCAGCUUGGAUGAGAGCAAAUGCAAUUAUAUCAGAGGCAAGACUGAAGCAGAGCUUAAAAAUUUCAGCCCACAUUACCAGCGGCAGUACCCUGUGACCUUCUUCAAUCACAUUCGGCGUGAGGUAGAGCAAGACAGAGAGGUCCAACCCCAACUGCUGCAUCGUAAGGAGCAGGCAGAAACUGGGAAAGUGGUGCAUGAGCAAGUCGUGAUUCAAUAUGUGGAAGAAUUGAAGAAAUGGAAAGACCGAUACAUUGUUAUAAAAAAUGACAACAGCAUUGAAUGCUAUGAAAACAAGGAUGCCUAUCAGAAAGGGGGUGGCCCAAAAUAUAAACUCCGUCCGACCGGCUGCAGGGUGUUGACAUCCAUGACUGAGUACAGCCUACUGGUGGAUAAAUAUUUCCCUGACCCAAGCGGACCAAUGGGAAAGAUGGUAAUCAGUGCCUUGUUGUUAAACCACACCCAAUACCCAGUUGUAUCUGUGGCAUCCAUUCGAAAACACAGCUACUUCUGUUUUGAGAAUGAGGAGACACAACAGGGAUUUGGCGCCGUGCUUAAUGACUGUAUCCGUCACCUCAAUUAUGAAUUUGCAAAGCAAAAUUCCUUUGAAGCCCAAGUGUUUUCAGAAGCCAUUCAAUUCUUCAGGCAGGAAAAAGGCCACUAUGGGUCCUGGGAGAUGAAUCAAGGUGAUGAAGUGCUGAUCCUAAGCAACCUGGUGAUGGAAGAAUUGUUGCCUGCCCUGCAGAGUGAUCUUUUGCCGAAAAUGAAGGGAAAAAGGAAUGAAAAGAAAAAAGCCUGGUUCGGUAUUGUGGAAGAUGCUUACAAUUUAGUACAAACCCAUCUGACUGAUGGUUUGCAAUCCCUACAUGAUGAGUGCAAAAAAUCCAGCAAGGAACUGGAGGGGAUAAUUCGCUCAGAUAUGGAUCAGAUCAUUGCUUCAAAGGAAUUCACAGCUGGAAAACUUAAAGCUACAGUGACCGAAAAGGCUGAGCAGUGCUGCCUUGACAACAUUCAACCCUACCUGGCAUCUGUACUGGAGGAGCUGAUGGGACUGAUCAGUUCGGGAUUCAGUGAAGUCCGUGCCCUCUUUGAAAAUGAGGUCAAUGAGUUGAGCACAAAAUAUUAGAAUGCUGGCGAUGCUGAAAAACUGAAGGAGUACCUAGCCCAGCUAAUGAACCUUCCUUUUAAUGCUGUGAAGAUGCAGCCUUGCUACAAUAAAGUCAGCCCUCUUCAAGACCAGCUGCAGGAGUUGAAGAACCGUUUCAAGUUCACCAAUACGCUGUGGCUUGUUCAAACAACUCAAAACUUCAUGCAAGAGCUGAUGGACAAUGCCGUCUACACAUUUGAGAAACUGUUGUCUGACUCACUGACAAGCAAGACAUCAAAAACCAUAACGUCCAUUGAAAAGGUUAAGCAGCGAGUGUUAAAGCAAUAUGACCAUGACAGCAGCACAGUAAGGAAGAAGUUAUUCCAGGAAGCUCUGGUGCAGAUUACAUUGCCAACACUGCAGAAAACAUUGGCACCAAGUUAUAAGCGUGAGCUUCAGAAAUUUGAGCAAUACAUCUUUGCAGAUUACACAAAACUCGUUCAAGUGGAGAAUAUCUAUGAAGAAAUUUUACUUCACACCAUUAUCAGGGAGGUGAUCAAAGUGGUGCAAGAAGCUGCCAUUUUGAAAAAACACAAUCUGUUUGAAGACAAUUUGCCUUAUACCAGUGACAGUGAUGGCAACCUUACUGAUAAAACCGAAGGGAAGACACCACCAGGUUCUCACCCAGGAGCCCAGCCAAAACACUACCUGAAGGCUCGUGUGCUGAGGGACUGGAAGUUGGGUGAAAAAGUGAUUUCACAAAUUUCUACUCCUGCAUCAGAUGUUAUACUGAAUGAGAAAUCAGAAAGUGAACAACCAUCAACCUCUCAUGAGAAAUCUGGGGAUGAAAUUCUUCACUCCAAGCAGAAUGGAACAGUGAUAGCCCAACUUGAUGUAAAUGCAGUACAGGAAGCUACUUCAACCGCAGCGACUUAUCAGGAAGCUGGAAGUCCAAUUGAAUUAAACAAUGCAAACAAUAAUGAGGAUGUACCAAGUAAUGAAUGUCACAACAGGCAAGAAACUGAAAAAGAGAAUGAAAAUAUAACUUCAACAGCUCCUGAUAGUUUAAAAGAAAUUCAUGACUUGCUAACCGUGGCAAUAGUGCCAGCUGAGGAGAGUUCUGAGAAUCAGGAAGCUUUGCUGUGCAAAGCAAGUGAUGCAGGCCAUGUUGAAGUGCACAGUGAAUCCAAUCCAAAUAUGGAUAAACAUUCGAAGGACCAAAGUGAAACGAAAGGUGAAGAUGAGACGUCAAUAGUUGAAUCCAUGGAAGUUCAGGCAAGAGAAAAUUGAGGAAACUGAAGUAAAAAACUUGCUGGUUCCAGGCAAAGAAUCUUGUGGAAGGGACAGAAUGAGGAAGAUAGUGAACCAGGAGCUUAACUUCAACAGUUGAUGACUUGUGGAAGGUCAGGAUAAGAAAAGUAAUGAAUGGAAGGGCUCACCAUCAACAACUGAUGAACUUGUGGAAGGUCAGAACAAGGAAGAUCAGGAUAAGGGAGAUAAUGAGGAUGAAAACUUACCGUCAGCAGUUGAUGAAGUUGUGGAAGUUCAGGGUAAGGAAAAUAAUGACAAUGAUGGCUUACCAGCAAUUGAUGAACUUGUGAAAGUUCAGGAUGAUGAAGAUAAUUUAGGCAAGGGCUUAUCAUCAACAUUUGAUCAACUCGUGGAAAAUCAAGUUAAGGAGGAUAAUGAAUGCAAGAACUUACCAUCAACAGUUGAUGAUCUUGUAGAAGGUCAGGACAAGGAAGGUAAAGAGUCCAGUGAAGACUUAUCAAAAACAACUAAUGAACCACCACAAGGUCAGGAUGAAUUGGCUGCAGAACCUGAAAAAGAAGAUAUGUCACAAAAAUGAAUGAUUGUUUGGAAAAUGAACCUUCUAAUGAUAACAUUGAGUCUGAUGCAGUUUCUGGGAGUGGCCCAACAUUGAUCAAGGAGGAAGCUCAAGAAUUGGUUCUAUACACACGGUAGACACUGAAGUACUACAUGCUGCUUCUGAAAAAGAGGAAGAGCAAAAGACUCUGAAUCAGGAUGAGUUAAAGAAGAUGACAAGAAUUCUCAGAUGUAGAUGGUCAUUGACGUGAAGCAGAAGUAAAGGAAUUAACUAUGAAUCAAUAUCAUGAGCAUCCUAUCACUGUAGAAAAUCAUCCAUUGAAUCACCAGAAACAGAAGUAAAGCAACUUUAUUCUCAUGUGAGAUGUCUAAAAUGCCAAAAGUCCAACUUCUUUUGAUUUGAAAUCUUUUCUAGACUCAUAAUGCUUUCCAGAUUAUACCAGGCAUUAUAUCCUAUUUUGACUUAAAUUUACAAAUUAAUCUUUGAAGAACAAGGGAAAAGACCAGUGUUUGCUUCAAUUAAUUAUUCAUUGCCUGUAUCUUUAUGUGAGCUUCAACUGGCUAAGCAGUCACAGGUGAACUGCCUUAACAAAAGAAGGAAAUUCCCACAUCCAAGUGAGUCAACAAUAGUAUGGAAAAAAUAUAUAGAAAGAGUUAAGUCAAAUGAAACAGAUUAUUGAAGAGACAGCUGUUAUGUAAAUUCAAAGGAACUUGAAACAUUUAAUAAGUAAAAUCUUUGAUAAUCAUGUUAUGUAAUGAUAAAAAUUAUUGGCACAAUAUAUUCUAUUUGUAAGCCUUCAAGUAAUGGGCUAUCUUAUGAGAGAUUAACAGGGUGGCUGCUUCCAUGUCAUAUACAGUACACGGAACAAUUGCUGGAAUUUUCUGCUUUAUACAUGCUAUCAACACUUGUAUUGCCAUACAGUGAUUUCUAGUACCCUGUUUAUGGUAUGGAAUUGAUAGAGUCAGAGAGCCACAGAAUUGUACAGCGCAGAAACAGGCCAUUGGGCCCACCAUGUCUGUGCUGACUUUUUUUACCCAUCUACCUGAAUCCUAUUUGCUUCAUUAGGUCUGUAUCCUUCUAUAUGUCGCCUACUUAAGUGCCCAAAGUAAUUAUGGUUUUAACCAUGUGUUAAUCUGUGACUGUGUAAUAGAGUGCACAGUUACGCCAAUACCAAAAACUAAUUUUGAAUUCAGAGUUUCAUGUAAAUAUCAUUCCCUAUCCAUCCAAAGCUCGCACAACUUGCUACUCAUAAUAAGUGCAGCAUUAGACCUUGCUAUUGACAAAUCAUAUAAGAUUUAGUGUCAGUGAUUGCAUGACCACACAU